AUGUCAACUGCCACUUCGAGCCGUGAACAGGAAUUGCUUGACCGUAUCGCAUCGUUAGGGGAAUCACUUAACAAGUCUGUCCAUGUGAAUAUUGAACACGCGACAUUCCAAGGCCUCAAAGAUUUUAUACGUGAAAUGUACCAGCCACUCGAAAAUGAUGGAGCGGUAUUAAACUUCAUUAAUGAUGGGGUAGAUAUUCACUAG